AUGACAAAUGAUCAAGAUCAGAAUAAGAGAUACAAAGUUGUCUUGUCUGAUGGCACGUAUAUGCAAUUGGCCAUUUUGCCAACCAGAUAUACUGAAUUAUUGCAUUCAGAGACCUUAAAGAUAGGUUUUGUGUUGUUGUUGGCAACUUAUGCUUGUAGAUAUGUUUGGAGCACGAGGAUUAUAAUUACAUUCACUCUAGAGGUGAAAAUUACAAAUUGUCCCUUGCUUGGAAAACCUAGGUAUUUGUUUAAAGAGAAAGAACAACAAAUGUUAGUGCGAGAAACACCUCCUCCCUCUAAACGUGCUCUUAAAUUUGGUGUAGACUUGCCAUCUCCACAAAGCAAUGCACCGGAUAAUAUAAGCCCGAUAAAAAGCCUAAACCCUUAUCAAAGCAAAUGGACAAUAAAAGGGCAAGUUACAAAUAAUAGGAAAAUGCACCAAUAUAGCACAUCAAAAGCUAAUGGUCAAGUAUUUAGUUUUGAUAUCAUAGAUGAUGAAGGAUGUGAAAUUAGGGUGACUUGUUUUGAUGAAAUAGCAGAAUUGCAUUACCAUCGAGUGGAAGAAGGGGCAUAUUAUGUUAUUUCGAAAGGUUCUAUCAAAGACGCAAACACAAAAUAUAACAAGUUGAAUAGCCAUCUAGAGAUUGUUUUGAUUGAGACCUCGGUUUUGAAGCGUUGUGUACCUAAUGUUGCAGCUUCAGAGAAAAAAUCUCGCUACACUCCAAUUAAUGAAUUAUUAACUGCAGCAACUACACUUUGA